AUGUCGGUUGUUUCCCUGGAGCCCCCCACGUAUCUCAGCUCCCUGCAGAACAACAUUCGAGCUCGUCCUAUCCCGUGGGAGGGAGCCGUCCGUGCAGGGAAUAUCACUGAGGACCAUCUGAAGAAGAUCAAGGCUGUAGAUAAGGUUCGCAAGGAACAGCGCCGUCAGACUAUCGAUGGCGAUCUUUUGGGAUACGUGAGUCUGCUGGCGGGAGGUGCGGAGGGGAAGAGUGUGUUGGAAUCCGCAGCCAGACGAAGCGAUAUUGUACAGUACAUUCUAGUGCUUGCAGCCGAUCUCAUCAAUGAUGCUCCCUCCUUGUCGUCCGCCCUGGUUGCGCAUCCAGACCCUUACAAGCCAUUCCUUCCCCUCUUGCAUCACUCUACAAAUGCCGAAGACCCCAUUCCGCUGCUCACUUCCACCUUCUUGACCAACCUGGUGUCUCUCAGCCUUACUUCUUCUUCAAAACCGACAGUGCGGGAUGAGGAAGCGCUCCCGCAGCUCUACAGCUAUCUGUCUACUCUCACCCAGAAUCAAGAUAGCGGGCUUCAGGACAUUGGAGUCCAGGAACUGUCAGCAUUGCUUCGCACAUCCAGCUCUCGACAGAUCUUCUGGAAUGAACGGAAGCAGACGGUCGAUCCCUUGAUUGAAAUUCUCCGUGCGGCUGCAGGGGCCAAGGAGAAUAGCUCAAGCAGCAGCCUAGCUGGCAGCAGUUCCCGCGUAGUUGAUACUGGGAUCUCUGGCGGAGUGGGGCUCCAGCUCUUGUAUCGAGUCCUCCUGGUCCUCUGGCAGCUGAGCUUUGAAGGCCGCCUUCUUGGGGAAGAGUUGCAGGCGGACUACGAGAUUAUUCAGCUAUACUCCCACCUCCUUCGACUGUCCCCCAAAGAAAAGACCACCCGACUCCUUCUUGCGACCCUCAACAACCUCCUGUCCUCCAACCGCACUAGUCUCCUUCCCGUCGCCGUGUUUGUCCGCUUGCCUGCUCUCCUCACAACCCUCUCUGGGCGCCAUUUAACCGAUCCGGACCUUCUGGAGGACCUGAAAUCCCUGAGGGAGAUGCUCGAGGAGUACACCAAAACCCAGACAACAUUCGAUCAGUAUGCUGCGGAGCUGCAGUCUGGCCACCUGCGCUGGUCCCCGCCUCAUCGCAACCCCACUUUCUGGAAGGACAAUGCUCGCCGGAUUCUGGAUGAGUCCAACGGCGCGCUUCCCAAGAAGCUGGCUGAGAUUAUGUCGAAGAGCUGGGAGAAUGACAAACAGGUUCUGGCAAUUGCUUGCAACGACGUGGGACACUUGGUCAAGGAGCUUCCCGAACGACGGGGGCAGCUGGAAAAGCUGGGAUUGAAGACCCGCGUGAUGGAGCUGAUGGCCGAUAAAGACGAGUCUGUGCGAUGGGAAAGCUUGCGGGCGGUAGGAGAGUGGCUCCGCUAUACCUUUGAUGAUUAA